GGCGCCUGCGGAAGCUGCUGGACCUUUUCCACCACGGGGUGUCUGGAGUCUGCUAUUGCUAUUGCGACGGGAAAGCUCCUCUCUCUGGCGGAACAACAGUUAGUUGAUUGCGCUCAGGCUUUUAACAACCACGGCUGCAGUGGGGGCCUGCCAAGCCAAGCCUUCGAGUACAUCCUGUAUAACAGAGGGCUCAUGGGGGAGGACACCUACCCGUACCGGGCCGAGAACGGCACCUGCAAGUUCCAGCCGGAGAAGGCUAUUGCGUUUGUCAAGGAUGUGAUCAAUAUCACGCAGUACGACGAGGACGGCAUGGUAGAAGCUGUGGGGAAGCACAACCCGGUGAGCUUUGCGUUUGAGGUGACGAGCAGCUUCAUGCACUACAGAAAAGGAGUCUAUUCAAACCCCCGAUGUGAGCACACUCCUGACAAGGUGAACCAUGCUGUCCUUGCUGUGGGGUACGGAGAAGAAAAUGGGACCCCUUACUGGAUUGUGAAGAACUCCUGGGGCCCACGGUGGGGCAUGGAUGGGUAUUUCCUCAUUGAACGUGGCAAGAACAUGUGUGGCCUUGCUGCCUGUGCAUCUUACCCUGUUCCUCAGGUGUGAGAAGAGAGCGCAGGCUGGGGAAGGCGGGCGUGGGGAAAGGAAGGACGGACU